CUGUGUUUUUCGAUUUUUGCCGCGCUCGUUCAGCUUCAGUACGUCGUUCACAUUUAAUCCGUUCGGUGCUUUUUGACUGUUUGGAACCUUUUUAAUAAUUACGUUGAAACGUUGUUGAUUCUUAUUAAAUAUUGUUUUGUUGAAUCUGAGGACGAACAAAAACAAAAACAAAUCCCAAUUAAAGUCAAGGAAACCAAACAUAUGGAAAGACAACUCUAGGACAAACAACAAAAAGGAAAACCUAAAAAACCAACAAAAAAAACAAAUAAAGAAAAACAACAAAUCGCGAAAACAACAACAAAAAAGAACUUAUGUGCAAUCGUUUUGUUUUUGUAUUAACUUAAUUAAUUAACUAAAUAAUUUGUAAAUAACUAAUAAUUUAAGUUAAUUUUAGUUUGAUUUGGUUUCUUAUGAAUACGUUAAAACGAGAGAGGAAAAAAGAAAACAACGGUAAAUCAAAAAAUUAAAAAUUUUUAAAUAAAAAGAACGCUCAGUUUCAUUACAUUCAGUUACAAAUACAACAAAAAAGUGAUUUUCUGUUAGUUUCUCAAAAUUUAACAAACAAAAUUUACAACAAAAUUUGGAUUACAACUACAACAACUACAACAACAACAACUGCAACCACAACAACCCCAAAAAUAAAUAACAAAUUAUAAUAAAAAAAACAGCAAAGUAAUAACAACAAUAAUUGAAAGUAAAUAUAUAUAAACCAACAAACAACACAACACAACUACAAUAACAACUACAACAACAAAUACUAAAAACAGCUACUACAAUCGCAACAACCAAUAACAAGGAUAACAAAACGCAACUACAACUACAACCACAGCAGCAAUAAAAUAAUAACAGUAACAAUAAUAAAAGCAACAACAACCAACCAACAGCAACAACAACUGAAAUAAAUAUAAUAAACAAACUUAACAAACAACCAACUAAUAAAUAUUUAUACAUAAAUAAAUCCGCAACUAAGCAAUAAACCAAACCAACUCCCCCAAAAAACCACAACAACAACAACAACAAUAUAGUAACCAACGAAAAAGUAAAAAAACAGCAACAGAAAUAAAAACCAAGAAAAAAUCAUUUGGCAAAAGCAUCAAUUACAAAAUUUUAGCAGUAAAACAACAACAACAACAAUAACAGUAAUAGUAACAACAACUACAAUAGCAACAGUAACAGAAACAAACGCAACAGCAACAACAACCGAAAAAACCGCAAUAGUAAAUAGUAACGAACAAAAUAAAUGCAAUAAAAACAACAACAACAACCACAACAAAUACAAAUAUUUAAUAAUUAACAAAUAAACUAAAUAAAGCAGAUUUUAUAAAAAAAAAACAAUAACUAAUAAUACAGAGCAGAUACCGUUAAAAACCGUGAAAUAGCAUACAAUACAAGCGAACCCAAAACUAAAAUACAACAACAAAAAUAGUCUCAAAAUUUUCAAACAAUAAAACGAAUUAACGGCAACAAUUAAUAUAACAAAUCAAACAACAACAACAACAGUAAGAAAAAACAGAAAAACAAAAACAAAAACUACAACAGCAGCAACAAACAAACCGGUUAACCAGCAAAUCAAACAAAAAUAAAAUAAACAGGAAAAAAUAGAAAAUCGAAAUAGCCAAAAUUUGUUAAAUUUUUAAACAAAAUUUCAAUUCUGGACGAAAGUUGUGAAAAUUUGAACAUUUUAAUGAAAAACUUUUAGUUCGGUAAUUUUUCGUGUUUAAAAUUUUGUUCUGAACUGUUCUGAACACGAGUGUCAAAAAAGCCAAAAACAACAACAACAGCAAAAAAACAUACAUAUGUGAAGAACAACAAAAAUUUAAGCUAAAAGCAUAAAUAAAGAACAAAAAGCUUGAAAGCAAAAAGUUUGAAUGCAAAAAAUUGCCCAAAAGAGAAUAAAAAUCGAAUCGUGUUGGCCAAAAUAAAUAAAUAAAAUAUAUAUAUGUAUAUAUAUAUUUCUUCCAAGUGUUGAAAACCAGCGAGAAAAGCGUGCGCUUUGAUAGUGGUGAACAUAGUGAAAACACAACAAAAUACAUAUUUUCGAACGGAUUUGCGUCAAAAACGCGAAGCAAAAAACUUUUUUUUAAAACAAAAACCGUUUCGAAAAUUUGAAUGGCGCUUUUCACCACAGACAAAACCCUAUUUCAAAAAAGUACGGUAUCAAUAUUUUAGCGCGAUAAAAAAAGUGUUUUUUAAAAACCAGUGAAGUACCGGAUUCAAGCGAAUAAAGUGUAAGUGCUUAAGAACUGCUGCGUGCAGAAGUGAAAUCAACUGCAUUAACGCAACAAACACCCAAGUUGCAAAGUAUUAUACCGAAAAAUUGCUUCAAGGCAAAAUUUAUAGCAAACAAAACAAAAAAAAAAACAAAACUUGAAUACAAAAAACUUUUUGCAAAAAAAUUUUGGACACACAUUUUUAGCGUUAGUUUAAAGUCAUGGAUUCUCUGUGCGAAAACCAAAUAAAAAUUGCAUAAAAUAUAUACACACUCACCCACAAAAAAAAAAUUAUAAAAAUAUACAACAAAUUUAUUAAUGUAUUGUGGCACAAAAUAAAUAAAAACAAAAAUAGUUUCGGAACAAAAACAAAAAAGAAAAAAUAAGUAUUCCAUUUGUAUGCGUAAACUAUUAUCGAAAUAAAAUAAUACUAACUUAUAAACUAUAAAUAUGUCAAAUAAUAAUAGCGGCAAGCAAAAAUAAACGUAAAUAAGAAGUAGUCGAGUUUUACAUAUAGAAUUGUGAAAAAAAAUUACUAUUUCAAAAGUCUUAAACUGGUGAAACAACAAAAAUAAAAUCCUGAAAAUUAAAGCUUCAAAUUGCGGCAACUUUUUCGAACGGAUUUAAAAUAUAAGCAAAACAGUUCACAUUUGCACAUAAAAAUAUAGCAAAUAUUUUGGCAAAAAAAAAAUAUCAAAUCAAUAUCAAUUACAUCAGAGAAGGCAACGGAAUAAAUCGAACAACGCAGCCCCGUCUACACUUGUGAAACAAUUCUUUCAAUCACGUUAGAGGGACACAGUUUUGUACCAGCAGAAAACAACCACAAACUGGCAAGCGAUUUUCAAUUCCAAAACAACAACAACGAUCUUUGAAAAACAUUUCAUGAAAAGCGAAAGAUUUUAACUUUAGACACAAAAACAACAAUUUUGGACUAAGAGUAAAGAUUUUUAGCGAGAACAUAAAGAAAUAACAAUUAGAGUGUAAAGUCAAAUGAAAUAAAAUAAUAAACAUAUAAAACUCAUUUAACACAGAGGUGAAAAAAAUAAUAAAACUUUUGCAGCAAAGCGUAAGCUUUAAUAUAAAAAAACAACGUUUGAGGAAAAAGUCAAUAAAGCGCGAUAAUUACAUAAGAGAAUCUUGCAAUAAAAGUAAAAACCCAACAAAAUAUGAGUAACCGCUUGAAAACAACAAACACAAGAACAACAACAGUAAUAACUGAGCACAUCAACCAGGUGUAUUGAAGAACGUAGUGCUACCAAAAGAGUAAUGAGCGCAAUAACGGUGAAUCACAAGCCAAUGAAGAGCAUUAUUUAAAACAAAAUAUACAAUAACAACAAAAUCAGUUAAUAAAAAGAAGUUGAGAAGUUAAAGUAUAUUGAAUGAGAACGGUCAAAAUGGGCCUUGAAGAGCAAUAACAACACAAAGUGUAAUUGCAACACUAAAAUAUACCGUUAAAUUAACGAAAUCAACGCCAAAGGAGUGAAACUCUCCACACAAAUAGGCAACUCCCAAAAGCUUUACAAAACCACGCUUGAAUUCAUUACACCACGUAGGGAGGAGCAACAAUCACAAUACACACACACCCACACACUCCUUCCUCCAGCGACAUGGCGAUCAAUUUCUCCGCAUCUUUUGCGGCUUGUAUCGCCGCUGGACUGAAGGUACCGCGACAAAUAAUGUAUUGCAUCACGCAAGACACCGGGCAGCCCUAUGUGCUGUACAAGGACUCACAGGAUGGUGAACGCAAUCCGGCCGCGAUUGGCGGUUCGGCCGCGCAGUGGGGCAGCGAAAUGUAUCCGGGCAUACAACAGCAGGCACAGCAACAUUUGCAAGCGCAACAACAACAGAAUGGACAAAACCCAGCCGCACAGAUAGCGAGUGCCGCGCAAGCAGCUGCCGCGGCGGUGGCGCAACAACAGCAGCAGCAACAACAGCAACAAGGCCAGCAGCCGCAAAGUCCCACAGGCGAUCCGCGCGAGAAUGGCGGCGAUGGCGUUGGGCGACAGCAAGGCUCGCCCUCGACAAGUCCAUAUCCGCCACAACAGCGCGUCAACGGCGGUGGGCCACCCGACGAUGAUGUCACCAUGAAUCAGGUCGCCAACCUACAGGCCAGCCAGCAGCAGAACUCGGCGCAAUCCAAUCCAAACCAAAGCAACAAUGACCCGCAACAACACCAGAGCUCGGGCCGCGAUGGCGGCACGGGGAAUCCACAACAACAGCACGUACAGAAUGGCGGUCCCACGCAACCGGGUCAACCUAACGAUAACUUCCAAACGCCGCAGGGCGGUGAACUCGGCGGCUACUAUGCGCCACGUCAUCCAACGCCACAAGGCGCAAUGCUGCCGCCACCCGGCUUUCCGGCACUACACUAUCUCAACAAGCCCGUAUUGCCCGGCAUGGCGAACGCAAUGGAACAGAAUGGCGGUCUCGAGGGUUAUGCCAUGCCCGAGCUGCUGCCGGGCGGUGCUGGCGGCGGUGGUGAUCAACAAGGCAAUAAUGGUCAGCAGAAUGGCGGUGCUGGCGGUAAUGGUGGCAAUGCACACAAUGGCGGCGCAAAUGGCAGCGGUGGCGGUGAAGGUGCAGUCGGUGCUACAGGUGGUGCCGGCAAUGGCGCCGGUACUGGCACAGGUGGCGGUGGUACUGGCACAGGUACCGGCACCGGCAGCGGUCGCGGACGUCAUCCAAAUCCCAAUAAACCGCCAAAACCGCACAGCGAUUUGCGUUUGUUCAAGUGUUUGACCUGCGGCAAAGAUUUCAAACAGAAGAGCACACUACUACAGCACGAUCGCAUACAUACCGAUGCGCGUCCAUAUCCAUGUUCGGAGUGCGGCAAACGUUUCCGUCAACAAUCGCAUCUGACACAACAUUUACGCAUACAUGCCAACGAGAAACCGUUCACAUGCGGCUAUUGUUCGCGCAGCUUCCGUCAGCGGGCGAUACUCAACCAACAUAUACGCAUCCAUUCGGGUGAGAAGCCCUACGCAUGCCCAGAGUGCGGCAAGCACUUUCGCCAGAAGGCCAUCCUCAAUCAACAUGUGCGCACCCACCAAGAUGUCUCACCGAAUCUUAUCUUCAAGAAUGGCCCACAUCCGACACUGUGGCCACAGGAUGUACCAUAUCCGGGUGAUGAGACUGAUACGAAGAAUGAUAUAGCCGGUGGUAGUGGCUAUCAUGAUGAGGAUUCACAGGGUACGCCAGACGGCAGCGGCGGUAUACAUUAUCCGUCAUACUUUAAGGACAACAAAGGUAAUAAGAACUGGCAAAAGAUCUUGCCAGAUGUGCUGCAACAUAUCGGCGUGCGGCCAGCCAACAUGCCGCUCUACGUGCGCUGUCCCAUCUGUGACAAGGAGUUCAAGCAGAAGACGACACUGCUGCAACAUGGUUGCAUACACAUCGAGUCGCGUCCAUAUCCGUGCCCCGAGUGCGGCAAACGCUUCCGACAGCAGUCGCACCUAACGCAACAUUUACGAAUACACACGAAUGAAAAGCCGUUCGGCUGCUUGUAUUGUCCGCGUUUCUUCCGACAGCGCACCAUACUGAAUCAGCAUAUUCGUAUACACACAGGCGAGAAGCCGUACAAAUGCGCGCAAUGCGGUAAAGAUUUCCGUCAGAAGGCCAUACUGGAUCAGCAUACACGCACGCACCAGGUAGGUGAUCGUCCAUUCUGCUGCCCAAUGCCAAAUUGCCGACGUCGCUUUGCCACCGAGAACGAGGUGACCAAACACAUCGACAACCACAUGAAUCCGAACACGACAAAACGGCCACGUCAAAGCAACACCAAUAAUCCGAAUGCGGCCAACGCCAACAAUCCGAAUGCCAAUAGUCAUGCUGCCGCCGCCGCGGCUGCAGCCGCUGCCAAUCAUCUGAUGAACGAGACCAAGAAUGCGGCACAACAAUUCCUCAACAACAAUAAUCCGGCUGCGGCUGGUGGCGACAAUAAAGCGAAUAUUUUGCCACGCGCCAUGGCGGCCGUACAGAAUGCGGCUGUGCAACAAUCGGUGGUCAAGAAUGAAUUGUACUUCCCGCAGUGUUAUGGACCACCGUUCCAGCAAACGUUUCAGACGCAGGGACAGCCCACAGCGGCGCAUAGCGGUGGCGCCGCCUCACAGCCGCCCGUCAAUGUGACGGUACCGAAUUCGGUAGCGCCAGGUGUGGUGGUGCAACAAAACACGCCCACAUCGGUGGUGGCUCAGUGACAUCCCACCACAGCGACAGCAGCCGCAGCUGCAGCGGCGGCAGUGGCGGCAGCAGCAGCAGCCAAUAAUGUCGGCGCACAGCAAGGUGGCGGCGUGGUGGUGCCGACGUCAGCACAAAGUGCAACAAACAACAGCGCUGCGGCGCAACAACAGCAGCAACAGCAAAAUCAACAACAACAACAGCAGCAGCAGCAACAGCAGCUGCAACACCAACAUGCGCAGCAUGGCCUCUCACCGCCACAAACAGUUACACUCUCCAUCACAUUGCCACCGGUGGCGCCACUGCCGAGCGCCGCCGCCGCAGCAGCAGCAGCAGCGGCCGCCGCGGUAGCACACCAUCCCGUGCAAGCGCAUCAGGCAUCGCAUGUGGGUGGUGGCGCUAGCCUUUGCGGCCCGCCCACACAUCUGCCGCCAGCGCAUAGCGGCGUGGGUGGUGGCGCAUUAGGCGCACAGCCACCACCACCACCGCCGCCACACACACUGUCACACGCUAUUCCUAUACAUCCCCAUAUACACUCAAUAUUCGGAUCUCUAUGAUGUCAUCAAGCAGCAGCCUAAUUAUAUGAAGAAUACGAGUAUAAUUGAGAAGCCAACAAAAAAAAAAACUAAAAACAAAAAAAAAUGAUGUACGAAAAAACAAAACAGCAAUGAAUGCGCGCAUUAAAUGAAGUAAAUGAGAAAUGCAUAACAUUAAACUAAAUAUAACGGUACAGCUACUAAACUACUGAAACACCAGCAAAGAGCACUCAAACUAUCAGCUACUCAAAUAUACACGCAAUUUCUGUUGCUGUAACGGUAUGCGCUGUUGAGCGUUCGCUACAGUUUAUUCGUUCAAGCAACGCUUUACAUUACGCGCACAGCCAUACAGUCAAUAUAUACCCCUGUAGCGUAGGUAUAUUGUUUGAAAAUUAAAACAACAACAUUUAGUUGGGCGCUACUGUUUUAAAGCACUACUACAUAUACAAUUAAUUUACUGUUCUUAAUCAUGUGUUUAUUAUAACAAGUUUAAAUAGUAAUGCACGAGUGCAGCAAGAGUUGUAGUUUAGUAUUAAAAAAAUUUCAAAACCGUUAUAAUAUAGAAAAGGCACUUAAUGCUUGUGCGUAUUAGGCGUAUCAACUAGCACUAGCAAUUCACCAAUUCACCUUUUUAUACUUAUACUCCCGAUUUUCAAUACAACUUAAGUACGCCCGUACAGUGUGAGCGAAAACUGCUCGGACAGACAUACUUAGAUACUACAUACGAUAGGUUACAUAACUACAUAUUAGAUCCACAACGUUCUUAAAACUACGCCGUAAUUAUUUGUUUUUAUUUUUAUUUUUAUUUCAACUUUUUUUUUAACAGCAAGAAAUGUGAAAGAAAAUUGCAAGAAAAACGCAAAAAAAAAAUAUUUUAUAAUUAAUUUGUUAAGAAUUUUUUUCUCUACUAAAUAGGCCUGCUUAUAACUACACAUAUAUCUACUACCUUUACAUAUAAAUAUUAACUAUAAUUUCAAUAUAAUUUCUUACGCUCUUAAUUUUGUAAGCGAAAAUUAAGUUAAACGAUGAGUGUGAGGAAAGUGCGCAAAAACAGCAAGCGGAAAAAAAGCAAAGCAAAUUUUAAAUUUAGCUAUUAAUUUUAGCAUUAAACUCUAUCGUUACUAUACUUAUAUACAUAUAUAUUAUUUCACAUAUGCACACCUACAACUACACGUACAUAUACUCUACACACUGUCAGCACACACAUAUGUAUAAAGUUUACUUAUGAGUUGAAAGCUUUUAAAAGCAGUGCGUCGUUUUGUGUGCAAAACACUCAUCCAUACAUACAUACCUAUAUACAUACAUACAUACAUGUAUAAAUAUGUAGUUUUAGCACGCAUAACAACAACAAAGUCUUUUCGAAAAGGACUCUAAACUUUAUGAACAUUGAUUAUGUAUUAGAGAAAGUUUUAAAAACGUUUUUAAAAAACAGUUAGCAAACCAUAAAACAAAUACUGAUUAAAUCAAGCAAUAGCCCAAACACAAUGCAAUAGUAGAAUAAAACAGUUAACCAAAAGAAUAAACCGAAAUAUGUGUUAAUGGAAUUUUGUGCUGUGCAGGUCUCAAUGCGCGCUUGAGGGUUAAGAAAUUUACAAAAAAAAAAACCUUGUGAGCGAGCUGCUUAUAAUUUGAGUGCAGUUUCAAGUGAAUUAACUGUAAACAAAGAAUUUUAAGUGAUACAGAUUUUAUACCCUUCUAUACUUUUAGUUUCAACAUUAUAAGUGCCACAUAUAGUUCCUUCAAAAGCUUAACAAAGUGAAGGCAGCUUUUAUUCAACUACGGAAGGAUUUACAUAAUUCUAAUUUUUUUGGCGCUUAAAGCUUUCAAACCUAAAUAAAAGAAGUGAAAUAAAUUUUUGAAACUAAAAAGUUUUGUGAAAAUGUUUAAGCUUUUAAGCUUCGAAAAAGCUGCGAAGAAUUUCAUUAAAGUUUUUAUUGCAAAUAGUCUGCAUUGAAUUUCGUCGAACUUGGUAACAAAGUUAUGAAAAACUUUUCUAGCUUUUAAGCUUCGAGAUAGUUGCGAAGUAUUUUUUAUAGGUUUUAUCUUAAAUAAUUUGCAUUAAAUUUGAACAAAUUAAUUAUUUUUGUUUGCGGAGAAAUUAGUGAAAUAUUAAUCGCUAAGCUUUUAAACUACAAAAAGCUCGAAAAAAGCUCUCGUUUUUGAAAGCUUGUUGUAUAAAAAAACUCUGACUUCUCAACAACGUAUAAGCAUGCUGCAGCUAAAAGUUAAGCUUUCUUAUGAAGUUUUCGCAGAUCAAAACCUGUCAACGGCACAAGAUCAAAUUUCGCAACUCGAUUAUUCUUAACAACAGCCAUAAUUUAAACAGAAAAUCAAAUUUUCCACAAUUUUAACAAACUUAAAACACACAUUCUCACACAACAAUAAUACACACAUAAGUAUGUAGUAUAUGACUUUAACUAAUUAUUCUAUGUGCUAAGCAACACUUUUGUCUCUAAGAAAAAAGAAGCAAAAACUAAGCAACUCGUAAAGUUAGUUUUAAAAGCAGUUACUUUCGUAUAGUUUUUUCGCUUAAGUGAUAUGAAAAUAAUUUUUAAUAUAUAUACACUUUUAUGAUCUACCAAUAUUAACGACAACCAAGCAAACAUGCUUUAGUUAAGGCAAGCAGCGUGCGAAUGCUUUGUGGCUGCGGUGGCGUAUGAGUAACAGAGAGUGAAGAACUUAGCAGCAGCAGCUGCGUAUGUAGUAGUAGCUGAGUGAUGAGCAUGAAGCAAGCGUCAAGCGAAUGACUUUUACUUUAUGUUAAAUUUAGCUUAUAAGUUCAAAUUGAUACUUUAUUUUAUAUACAAAUUUGUGGAGACGAAUAUGGAAAUAUAAAUUGUUUAUUUAAUUUACUUUUAUUUUAUAAACAUUUUUUAUAACAAAGUGAAAAAUAGUUUGUCACAAAAAAGUAUGCAAUUAUUGUUUAUUUUUAUUUUUUAUUAUUAUUUCUAACUAUGUGCGCCAGCGCAAUAUUUUAAGUUAUGUUAUAACCAAACAACUUACAUUAAUGUAAUAUUUUUUUCACAGCAAAUUGUGAUUUAAUAAUUUUUUCAUGCCUUAUUUUAAUAAAAUUCCUACAAUUCUUAUUUAUUAACAUAAAAGUUUUGAAAGCAAAAACAACACAAAAAAAAAUGCAAAUUUAAAGCGCAUAUUUAAGUGUACGCAUAUGUCUUCCCACUUGUAAAUUAUUUAAUAUUUUUUCCUUGAUAUAUAAGUUUUGUAAUUUAAUGCUGUGUUUACUUGUAUACUCCUUUAAGCGCGAAACCACACCAACAGCAAGUUGUAAUUUUUUUUAAAUAUAUAAAGCAAAACGCAUAAAUAAAUGAGUUAAGAAAUGCGGGGCAUGUUUGUGUAAUAUGGAAAAAACAAUAAACAAAGAACCAAAUCAAAAUACUAACACAUAUACAAACACGACUCGUUAGGUGCCAUAAAAGCAGCAAACAAACAUACAUACAGAUAUGUAGACAAUGCAAAGCGUUGAAGUGAUGAUGUAGGACAUUACCUGGUAAUGUCACGUGACACGAGUUGUUUGAAAACACAAAAAAAAAUACAUAAAUCAUAAAAUAGUUUUUUAAAUAUUUUAAAAAUAUUAAAAUUUAAAAAUACUGUUGAAAUUUUAUUAAAAGUUAAAAAAAAAGUUUUUCUUGUGUAUUUAAAAAAAAAUUUUUUUUAAUAUUUUAUCAAAAAAUUUAUCGUUUUUAAUUUUAAAAAAAUUUCAACAAUACACAAGCGUUACAUAAGCAUGCCUUAGCAGCGCAUUAACAAUAUGCACUAAUGUGCGCGUUUUUCUACCAGCAAUUGCGUGAUUUUUGAAACUCAAAAAAUUUUUUGUAAAAAAAAAUUAAAAUUCCUGCACGUGUGGUUAGUUGUGUAUGCCUUAUUUUAUGUAUUAAAAAGUAAAGAGAAUUAAUUAAUUAAAAUAAUUUCGCGUUUGUUUAAUUAUUAUUAUAAAUAUAUAUAUUUUUUAUUUUAUUUUGUAUUGUGAAAGCAUUUAUAAUUGUUAAAUUAUUACAAAAAAAAAGCAGUAGCUUGUUUCCUAAUGCAAAAGCAAAAAAAAAAUAUUUUCUUGCAAAACUAUUUUUAAUUUAAAAAGCAGUGUAAAAGUAUGCGCGCAGUAACAAUAGCACACACACAAACACACAUAUAUAUACACACAAAGAACUUAUCAAACGUACAUAUAAAUUAUAUAUACAUACAUAUAUAAAAAAAAAUUAAUUACAUAUAUAACUACCUAUACAUAUGUAUGCGCGUACUUCUGUACACGCAUAUCUGCCGUGUCACGUGUGUGUAAGAAGAACUUUUAAUUUCUCUUGUUUUUUCUAAUUAGUUAAGUUUUAAACAACAUCAACUGGCAUAUAUUACACAUGUUCGCUGAUGAAGAAGAAAAUAUUAUACUUUUAAAUAAAAUUAUAUAUAUAUAUACAUUUUUUGA